GCAGGACCGAGCUCGGAUACACCUGCAUUGACGGAAGCGCAAAUUGGACGUUUAGCGCAGUGUUCCAGUCGCCUGAUUGAACAAAUGCCGCAGCUUGAACCGAAAUUGAUACAAAAUAAGAAGAAGAUUAGCCGGUACGUCUUCAUCAUUUUAUUCGUAAGUCUUCACGAAAAGUCGGUCCGGGAAUUGCUGGAUGUGAUGCAGCUGCCGUACGGAUCGCCGCAACGUUUACUUGAAUUUCGUAAAUAUUCGGCAAUUUACGGAAGAUUUGAUGCAAAGCGAAAACCGGACAAGCCAUUAACGUUGCACGAGGUUUCAGUCAAUGAAGCAGCUGCUCAGCUCUGUCUUCGACAACCAGCACUGCUAACCAGGCGCGACGAGUUAUUCCCACUCGCUCGGCAGGUUAACAGUGAUGCUUUUAUGAUCUGGAUUGAAUGA